AAGGGAUCACGUGCACAAGUGGGUAACUACCGUCCUAUCUCUCUGAUGCCAGUAGAGGUGAAAGUUAUGUCAAAAGUCAUUGUUCACCGUCUAAAACCGCUGUUGAAAGACCUUCAAUGUAAUGGUCUAAGUCUACGUGGACAAGCGCCCGUCUCGACAUCGAUCUCGUCAGCGGUUCCCGUGUCGACGCAGUACCAAUCGAAGCUCGCCUCCAGAUGUGUCACUCUGCUCCAGAGACGUGGACCAGUCUCCGUUCAACUCCGCUCCAAGUCACUACUUCGUGCUCGGCGCAUCUCUGCUUGUACCAGGCUUCAACCUGGCUUUCGUGUUGCAUUAGCAGCGUCUCCCCCUGGAGACGCCCCUCAGAGCUAG